AUGAGGGACUGUUCCAAUGAUGGCGCGUUGACAACAUUGGCCGGCGGUCCGGAGUUGCUGACCGACUGCGACGCUCUCCUGUCCUUGCGCGACGACCUUGCGGGCUCCGCGGGGCUAAACUGGACCGCGGGACUGGCCCUCCACCGGUGGGACGGAGUGACGCUGGGGGGAAAUCCGCGGCGGGUUGUGAAGCUGGAACUUGGCGGUAAGGGGCUGGCGGGCCAGAUUCCCUCCGGUCUGGGCGGUCUUACGGGCCUUAGGGAACUGGACCUGUCGGACAACGACCUGACCGGAAGCAUACCUUCGGAGUUGGGCAACCUGACCGCCUUGACGGAGUUGCGUCUUAACAAAAACGAGUUGACCGGGUGGAUACCGACGGAGUUGGGAAGUUUGACCGGACUGGCAGUACUCGACCUUUCUGAGAACAAUCUGACCGGGAACAUGCCUUCGGAAUUGGGCAGCCUCAAUCAAUUAGUGAAGUUGUACUUGGAACAGAACCGGUUCACAGGGGAGAUACCGUCCUGGCUGGGCGACCUCCAGGCCCUGGAGGAGUUGUACAUCUCGCAGAACGGGUUUACCGGGUGCAUUCCCAAAGAGUUGCGAAACCUGACCGACCACGACCUCGCCGUUGCCGGUCUGCCGUUCUGCGACGUUUUACUGAGCGGCCUGAGCAUCAGUCCGGGGACAUUGACCCCGCAAUUCGAUCCCUAUCGUACAGAAUACACAGCGGAUGCGACCGCCUCCCGGACCACGUUUACAGCCACCAACGACAACGGCGCAACCGUCGGGUUCCUGGAUGUGAACAGCACGGCGCUUGCGGACGCCGACGGCGCAUCGGCGGGGCAUCAACUCGACUUGGCGGAGGGCGACACUACCAUCAAAGUUACAGUGGUGUCGCAAGACCAAGCGGCACACCGCACCUACACCAUCGUGGUGACCUUGGAUGAUGUGGUUGGCCGGUAUGACAAGGAUGGCGACGGGGCGAUCAGCAAGGACGAGGCCAUCACAGCGGUGAUUGAUUAUUUCAACGGCAUCAUCACCAAAGAAGAGGCGAUAACGGUGAUCAUCGCCUAUUUUUCCUCAUAG